AUAUUUUUUUCAUAUUGAAUCUUCAAAAUUCAAUGUGUAUUUUUUAAAUUUACUUUAUGUUUUUUAGGAGACAGGGUCUUGCUCUGUUGCCCACGCUCAAGUACAGUGCCGGCAUAGCUCACUGCAGCCUCAAACUCCCUGGCUCAGGUGAUCCUCCCACUUCAGCCCCCUGAGGAGCUAGGACUACAGGCACACACCACCAUACUUGGUUAAUUUUUGAAUUUUUGGUAGAGACAGGGUCUCACCAUGUCGCCCAGGCUUGUCUCAAACCUGUGGCCUCAAGUGAUCCUCCUGCGUUCGCUUCCCAAUGUGCUGGGAUUACAGAUGUGAGCCACUGCACAGGGCACAGCAUGUUUGCAGUAGCCACAUGUCAAGUGCUCACUAGCCACAUGUGACCAGUGGCCCCCAUAUUAGCCAGUGCAGUUUAAAAUGAAAAAGGUAGCCUGUGAGGCUGGGCGAAACACUCCUGUGAGUAUGAUAGGAGACAGAGAUUGUGGCACUAUGUUUAUGAUUCAUGUGUAUUUUCUGUUCCUUAUGGAUUCUCUCCUAAUAUUUAGAGGUCUUUGAAAUUCCAUUCUUUCUUAGCAGUGCAGAGAAGAAUGAAUCAAGUAUUCUUCUUCCAUGCUGGGAAGGGAGUUUCAAGGGAGAGCUGCUCAUCUCCACUCCAUCCUACACCACCCUUAGAGGGAAAUCCCAAGGGGAAGGGGAAGUUCUCAGCACAGAGCCCCUCCCUACUUGGAUAGUCCCUUCCUAAAAGCUAACUAAAAUCUCUGGAUUUUGGUUUAGAAGGAAAUCACACUUUUUUCAUAGUUUCUUUUCAAAAUUUUAGUAUCUUAGCUGCCAGAAAUAGAAUUUAUUACUUUACAAUAAUUAUUAUAGCCAAAGCCACGGUAUAUUCUGGAUUUCCCAGGAUGGUGUCAAUUUGAAUACAGUUUCUUUCAGGCAGGCAUGGUGAAUUUUGGUUCAGAAAAUAGGAUCACUCCAUCAUGCUCUUGAGGGCGAACUAUUGGAGAGUCACUAUGGUGAUCAACCAAUGGGUGCUCCUAGUUCCUGGAACUGAAAACUUCAGUCUGGAUACUUCUCUAUAAAUGGUUUCAGUAGUCUCUGCCACUUUUCCCAGGGAUCUGAAAGAGUUCUCCAAGAAGCCCCCACUUCUCAGGUGGCAACCGGGCAGGUGCCUGGGCGGUAGUCCUUAUGCUACGGUUCAUAAAUCAGUCUGAGUUUUAUGCGUGCUUGUUCUGAGGAAGAGAUUUAAAGUUAUGUAGAGGCAACAAAGCUUUCUAAUAAUAUUUUUGGCAGGCUACUAAAGGAAGAUGAAAUACGAAAAGAUACAGGCCCUGGAGAAUGGUGGUGGCCCUUGGGAUGCCAGCCAGAUGUUGGUGCUCAGAAAUCGGGGGAGACAAUGGCCUUUACUGUUACCAUUUACAACCCCGGGCGUGCUCAUUAAUCAUCAACUAAAAUGAGUUCACUUUCAGGGUCUAGGCAGGUCGGGGCUGGGGUUGGGGAAGGCUGAGGCAGGAGGCCAGGCUUCCAGGCCGGAAAAGUGUCCCAGAGACCCACUAGACUGGGGCCUCCUCCCCUCUGUCAGGGCGAAGGGCACCAGGAGGCAUCAGGAGGCAUUAGGAGGCAGAGCGGGGGUCGAGGUGGGGGUGGGUGCGUCACCCUUGUUUUCAGGGCUGUCAGUCUCCCAGCGUCCCCAGUUUUCCAGGUAGGGACGCCCCCUCCCAGGCAGCGCGGUUCCGGCGGGUGAGAAGGAGGGGCUGGGCUCCCAGCGCCCGCCCCUCUAUCCAUCACAUGGCCGGAGAGUCACAAAAACAACAGCUUUGGUCAAGACCGUGACUUCAGGAAAGGGAACCCGGGGCUCUCGCAGCCAGCCCUCCUGCCCAUGGAGGACAGUUUUCUUGAAUCUUUUGGGAGGCUGAGCCUCCAGCAGCAGCAGCAGCGGCAGCGGCAGCCGCCGCCCCGGCCGCCCCCGCGGGGGACACCUCCGCGCCGCCACAGCUUUAGGAAACACCUCUACCUCCUGCGAGGCCUCCCGGGCUCCGGGAAAACCACACUGGCCAGAUGCUCAGAAUGGAGCAGCAGACAAAGGAGACUAAAAUCCCUGCCUUCGUGGAACAUGAAUUCUGUAAGAGAAAAGCAUUUCGAAAGGAAAGAAGGCAAUUUUAGCAUCUGCUCUGCUCCGCUCUCUCAAAAAAUAAAAGGAGUUCACAGGUAUGCCACUGGAGGUAUAUAUCCCCUGGAAGAGUCCACCAAUGCACAAGAUUGUUCUAGGUACUUGGGACUCAUCAGUGAACAAAACAAAGAUCCUGCCCUUGUGGACCUUAUGAGCCAGAGACAGUUGCAGCAUGACUUUCCCAGGGCCCUGAUUUUCAGCACGGAUGACUUUUUCUUCAGGGAAGAUGGUGCCUAUGAGUUCAAUCCUGACUUCCUGGAGGAAGCUCAUGAAUGGAACCAAAAAAGAGCAAGAAAAGCAAUGAGGAAUGGCAUAUCCCCCAUUAUUAUUGAUAAUACCAACCUCCACGCCUGGGAAAUGAAGCCUUAUGCAGUCAUGGCACUUGAAAAUAACUAUGAAGUUAUAUUCCGAGAACCUGACACUCGCUGGAAAUUCAACGUUCAAGAGUUAGCAAGAAGAAACAUUCAUGGUGUCUCAAGAGAAAAAAUACACCGAAUGAAAGAACGGUAUGAACAUGAUGUUACCUUUCACAGUGUGCUUCAUGCAGAAAAACCAAGCAGAAUGAACAGGAGCCAGGACAGGAAUCAUGCAUUGCCUUCCAACAAUGCCAGAUACUGGAAUUCCCACACAGAGUUUCCAUACCGGAGGGCUCAUGGCGGAUUCACAAAUGACAGCUCCUAUAACAGAAGGGGCGGUUGUCACCAUGGAGAUUAGAGGCCUAUCUUAUACCCAUACAGGAUUUUCCCAUCAAUUUCUACUUCAGUUUUUAUAAUUUAUUCUUUGUGGCAUUUUAGUCAGAGUACCAAUUCCAGUGUAAAUAGCUGAACUCAAAAGUUUCUGAGCAAAGUCAUUACAUUAUCUUCACCAAAAUUUGUUAAAGUGCUUCUAUAUGCAUGAUCUGAUGCUGGGAAUUCUGCAGGUUUGAUUAAACAGUCUCUUUCUCUAGGGAAAUAAUUUGAAACCAAAACUUGAGAACACACCCAAGAACAUAAUUAUUUACAUAGGUUCAUAGAUGAAAUAAAAUGUUUAUAUUAUAUAUAAGCUUCAGUACCAUUUUCUCUGAAGUGAUCUAUUUAUUUUUUCAGGAAAUUCAUCUCCAUCAAGAAAGUUGGGAAGGUGGAGAGAAGCGGUUGUGGGGGCGGGGGAGGGAGGCAGGAAAAGUUUUAGUGCCAUUGCUACUUUGAUCAUCUAUGUAUCUAAAAAUGUGAGAUGUGCGACUCUAUGAUGAUACUGAUUUUCCUUUAAUAUUAGUAUGCCAGAAAGUACACAUCUAAGGGAACACUGUCCUUCAAAGUAGACACUUUGGGAAGUUAUUCCUGUAAUUACAUAUCGUUGUUAAAAAUGCUGUCAAAUCCUUAAGAGCUAUAGGAGCUAGAGGGAAAUCAGUGUCAUUGCUUAAAGUCACAUCUUGUGUUCUUACUACUGCUUUAUUUAGCAGGAUUAUACCUGAAUAACUUUUGGCUGUUGUGCUAAUAGUGUAAAUAAAGUAAGCCUGCCUUCAUAAAACACUUUUAAAAUGAAUAGCUAAAUAACUUCUAAAAUUAUGCCUAUUAAUGUGUGUAAUUAGUUGGCAGCUCAAAUGUUUGGGAGUGCAAGAAAUUAAGCACCCCAGGAUAUAGGUCAUACAGGGAUAUAAAAGCCAUGCUCAUUACAAAAUGAGCAGCUGAUGUUUUAUGUGGCAUUAUUUAAGACAAUAAAGUCCUCAUAACUCUGGAAUGUCUUCUACUGACGCGGAAUUUAUGAAUCCAAAUUAAUUUCCGACAGGUUGGAAUGAGAGUCAAUGUGAGACCAAGACAGACAAGACUGCAGAGGAUGUAUGCUCUAUUUCUUGUUAGCCAACAGCUUCUUUCUAAUGUUCUGUGAAAACUUUUAAGUGUCCUAUAUACUGGUGCUUUUAUGGUUAUUAAAAAUUGUAAAUGGUAUCACAUUUA